AUUGGAAAGGAGCCAGGAGGGUCACCACAGCUUGGCAGACUGGAGGCAGAUUGUACAAACAGGCCGGCCAAUGAAGGAAUUCCACAGGUGGUGGUGAUCACUGAAAAAGCACAGAUGUCCAUGAGUGAGACAGUCAACUCAGAAGACAGCUGAACUGUUGAAAGAAAUGGAAAAACAGGUACCAGCUAAUUUGUGGUCUCAACAUGAUACUGAUGUAGGUCUAGUAAAAUCUGCUAGCCCAAUUAGAAUUGGGCAAUAUCCACUGCUGCCUGAAGCAGAGGCAAGCAUUAAACAGGCUAUUGAGGGACUGGUUCAUGCGGGAGUCCUAGUUGAGACAGUAAGUUAUUGUAAUACCCCAAUAUUGCCUGCUGCUAAAGCUGACAAGUCAAAAUGUCAUUUGGUACAUGAUUUGUGUGCAGUUAAUGAGGUGGUAGAAGAUUGGCCAGCGGAAGUUCCUAACCCUCACACAUUGCUAACUAAUGUUCCUCCUGAUACAGUAUUUUACUGUAACUGAUCUUUGUUCUGCCUUUUUCUGCCUUUUAGCAUUCCUUUGGCUGAGGAAAGUAGGCAUUUGUUUUUCCUUUACAUAUGCUGGGAAGCAAUACACAUAUGCAAGACUUCCUCAAGGUUUCAAGCACUCACCACAUGUGUUCAAUCAAGUUCUUAAGGCUGAUUUGGAAGAUCCCAUGCUAGAUAGCACAUUGUUACAAAUCUGCUGAUUUGCUCCGCCUUCUUGGAACAAUGCCAUACAAAUUCCAUUAAGGUACUUACUAAAUUAGCCCUUUGGAGGACAUAAGGCAUCUAAAACUAAGCUACGGUACUGUCAACCACAAGUUGAGUAUUUAGGGAGAUUAAUUGCAUACAGAACUAAGGCAAUUGCUCUAGCCUAGCUAGAGGGUAGUAAAGUGCCACUACCACAGACAGUAGGGCAAAUGAUGACCUUUUUAAGAAUGACAGGAUUUAGUUCUGACUGGAUAGAGGACUAUGCAAUUAAAACUGCACCUUUGAGGGCAAUCAUGAAGCAAGCAGGGCAUCAGAAUUUGCGUUCAUCACUAGUGUGGAACAGUGAAGCACUGGACAGUGUAGCACAGGGAUAUUCUCCAUGUUACCAACAGGGACUAGCUGCCUUAUACUAUGCAUAUGAAAAAGCAUCUACUGUGACUAUGGGUUAUCCACUGAUCAUUUACACACAUCACAAUGUACUGGAAUUAUUAGAACAAGGGAGAUUUGUUCUAACUCAGGCUAGGUGCUUACCCUACUCAUCUCUCUUGACAUACCCAGAUAUCACUAUUAAGCAUUGCACUACAGCAAAUCCAGCUGACAUGGUUCCUUUAGAACAUGAAAGACAGCCUCAUGAUUGUGUAGCAAACUCAUUGGCCUUUACACGACUUCGACCUGACUUAGAGUCCUCAGAUGUUCAGUAUUUUCUGGAUGGUUCUUGUUUCAGAGAUCAUUUAGGCAAUCAUGCAGGGUUUUCACUGGUGAAAAGACAGAAUGAGGACUUUGUGAUGGUAAUUUCACAGCAUUGUAAACAACUUUUUGGUUUGGCAUACCAUCUCAGAUAAGUUCUGACAAUGGUUCAGUAUUUGUUCAGAGGACAGUGAAUACAGUGUUGCAACAAUUAAGAAUAAAACAGCGUUUGGGUGUGUUUAUCAUCCUCAGAGCAAUGGUGGGGAGGGUGAAUGGUACUCUUAAGGCUAAAAUUAAUAAGAUUUGUGCUGACACGAAACUGAAUUGGGAUGAUGCUUUGCCCCUUGCACUGAUGAGUUAUCGCAUGCAGACCAAUAGAAUUACUAACCUGUCACCACAUGAAAUGCUCACAGGUCGACCCAUGCCUGUGCCAUAUUUGAGAGGUCCUUAUGAUGGACUACCUCUGGAGCAAUUGCAAAUGGAGCUGAGAGCUUACAGGUGUCAACUAACUGCAAUACAUGAAGCUAUCUAUUCACAGGAACAAAGCAGGGAGCCGAGAGAAGACGCAGAAGUUCCUUAUCCAGUUGUUUCUGGAGAUAAAGUAUACCUAAGAGUGUUCAGACGAAAGUGGAACAAGCCUAGAAGAGAAGGUCCAUACACAGUGGUGAGAGUGACGCCUACAGCGGUGCAAGUGGAAGGUAAUACUACCUGGUAUCAUUUGAAUCACUGUACUAGAGUACCUAGACUUAGACCCAGGAGACAAGAACACAUUCAAACUGUUGAGGAAGAGGGAGAUUUAGUGGCAGCCUCUCCAGAAAGCAGUCAGGAAGAAGUAGAAGAUGAAGGAGAGAGAGAACCAGAAGCAGGCCCUAGUCAUGAAGGGGACAGCGAACCAGGUCCAGCCCAGGCAGAACCUGAAGGAGAAGGUGAGCCAACUGUUGCGUCUGAUGUUCCAUCUGAAACUGAUGAGCCUGCUAUGCCUACUGAGAGGGAAGGAGAUGAGCCAUUGCCAGCUCCAACUGAACAGGCAAGUGCAAUUGAUCCUGGUGAUUUUGAUGAGUUUCUUGCUACACUUACCGCAGACUCAGACCCGUCCACUAGUCAGCAAGCAGCAUUCUCCACAAUUGAUUUCUCAGCCCUUGAUUGGCCCUCAGGCCUUGACUGGCUCACAGAUGAGUAAGGACAGUAAGAGACUGGCCAACUCUAUGUAUUGAGGGACUGUGCGUGAGAAUGACACUGCAGAAGAAAUGAGGAGUGAUGCGUUGCUACAUAUAGCACAAGAUAAUAAGUGGUCGAAGUGGGCUGAAUACACUGCUGCUAGUUUGAAUAAGGGUAAUUGUUUGAUAUGUUCACCUCCUCCAUUGAGGAGGGUUGCAGGGGUACCGACUCCAUAUGAUUACAGACACUGUGCAGAGUACAACAGGCAGUAUUGUAAGCAGAAUUGGCAGAAUGGACCAGACUGCUCAUACUGCCCAGCUGAGUGUUUAACGUAUUUAGGCAACCCGCAUUAUAGCACAAUGCAUAAGCAGGAGGCGUGGAAAGGGUGGUUCUCACAACUGGAUGUUAGAAUAGAGGAAAAACGUAGAGAGACACCACAGCAGUAUGA